CGUCGAGUGCAUUCACAUCUGUAAUAACUGAAAUGGAAAAAUUGCUUAUAUUUUUCUGUUUUGCAACUUUUCAAAUUCCAGAUGUCAUUUCGCAAUGUCUGAACCGUCAACCACAAAACUUCGUAUUCAACAGGCAAAUACCAGAAACAAUCAUUGAAGCACCACUUAAUAACCCCUUAUCGUAUCAACAAACAAUGAUAGAAAAUCCAAAUGCUCUACCUAUGAUACCACAACUAGUACCAUCAGCUCCCACCACAAUCAUCACAGAUUGCACGCCAUCAGUGUGCCAGAACUUAGCAAAUACCAUCCAGCUGAUGAUAGUGUGUAAUUUGCUUAAAAACACGAAGGGUGGCUCAGAAUUAGCGGCUCAGUUGGCGUCACCGAUUAUUGGUGAAGCUCUUUCGUCACCAGCGUUUUCGUGCGGUUGUCCUGAAAGACAUUUUCCCAAUCCUGUUCCUAAUAUAAUCUCUCCUGCUAUAAAUUUUCCUAAUUUAUAUCCAGGCAUGAUAAAUCCUAAUAUAGCACCUGGAGUUUCUGUAUUUCCAGGUCCAGGUGUUGCUAAUGUAAACAAUAACGCUUUAAUUGGAAAUAUUCUUGGUAUGUUAGGUAAUUGAUCGAUUUUAUCUGUAAGUUAUCAUAAUUGUUAAUAAAUUAUUGAAUAAAU